AGCAGGCGCUGCAUGAUGACGACACAGCCGCACCAGGAUUGGUGCCGACUCCGUGCACUUUCCGCAGCAGGCCGCACGCAUUUCCGUUUCCGCCGCUGUUGCUCCCUGGUCCUUCCAGCCGUGGCCGCGUCGUGGUUCGUGGCUGUGCACCAUGUCGGGUGGCUUUCUGAAGGCGCUGCGCAGCGACUCCUACGUGGAGCUCAGCGAGUACCGGGACCAGCACUUUCGGGGUGACAAUGAAGAGCAAGAAAAGUUACUCAAGAAAAGCUGUACCCUGUAUGUGGGAAAUCUCUCCUUCUAUACAACCGAAGAGCAGAUCUAUGAACUCUUCAGCAAAAGUGGUGACAUCAAGAAGAUCAUCAUGGGCCUGGAUAAAAUGAAGAAAACAGCGUGUGGGUUCUGCUUUGUGGAAUACUAUUCGAGAGCAGACGCAGAGAACGCAAUGCGGUACAUAAACGGGACCCGGCUGGACGACCGGCUCAUCCGCACAGACUGGGAUGCAGGCUUCAAGGAAGGCCGGCAGUAUGGCCGGGGACGGUCUGGGGGUCAGGUUCGAGAUGAAUACCGGGAGGACUACGAUGCUGGGAGAGGCGGCUAUGGGAAACUGGUCCAAAAACAGUGAGUGGUGAACCCCAAGGACACAGCUUGCGCCGUUGAUGACGCUGGAGAACAGGGCCCGGGAUCUGAUUAGGGUCUUUGUGCACCGGAAGCCACUUCUGGGUUUCCUCAGAAAUAUUAAAGGACAGAAUCCAAAAGAAUGCCUUUAA